CACUCAAGAAAAGAGAAGUUAGGUUAAUGGGCCUUAAAAGCAAAUUAAUGGGUUAAGAAUAGGCUAUUACGGUGAGGUUGAAAGGGUGGGUGGGUCAAUCCGGAAGCCCUAAACGGCGGGAAAAUCAGAAAAGAGCAGCAGCGUCUUCUCCAUUUCAGGAGAUUUUCGAAAGAAAGAAAGAUGGCAGUCUACAGCAUAAGAGGCAUCAAUGUCGAGUUUCCAUUCGAGGCCUACCCUUGUCAGAUCAUUUACAUGGACAAAGUUAUCGAGUCUCUCCAAAACAAAUGUAACGCGCUUCUGGAGAGUCCAACUGGAACUGGGAAAACUCUUUGUCUUCUGUGUGCCACCUUAGCCUGGAGAAAGAAGAGCCUGGGCAAGGAUCAUCGGAACAACGGGCAAGGAGGAGCUUUUCCUACCAUAGUUUAUGCGUCUCGGACUCAUAGUCAGCUCCGUCAAGUUAUUAACGAACUUAGAAGAUGUAGCUAUAGGCCUAAGAUGGUGGUGCUAGGAUCACGUGAGCAGUUAUGCGUUAAUGAGGAAGUGAGUUCACUCCGAGGAAAGGCACUCACUAAUGCUUGUCACUACCUUUGCCAAAAGCACCAAUGUAACCAUUUCAAUCGGCUUCCAGAAUAUUUGAAGAAUAACCCUGAUAUUGGUGACGAACCUGUUGACAUUGAGGAUUUGGUCAAUAUUGGAAAAGAUUCUGGACCGUGCCCAUAUUAUCUCACAAGAGAGGUUCACAAGGAUGUGGACAUCUUAUUUGCACCUUACAACUACUUGAUCAGCAAUGCGUAUCGAAAGUAUUUGAAGGUCAACUGGAAUAGUAGCAUCCUGAUUUUUGAUGAAGCUCACAAUCUUGAAAGUUUAUGCGCAGACUCAGCUUCAUUUGACCUUCCUUCUGCGCUUUUAUCGGCUUGCAUUUCUGAAGCACAAGAAUGUGUACGACUUGCGUCAGCAAGAAAUGACGAGUCCGCGAACCCUGAGAAUUUUGCUUUACUUAAAGGACUUCUUCUAAAGCUCCAGGAACUGAUUUCUCAAGUCCCAAUUCCGGAAAAGAAUGAGGGGUUUACCAAGCCUGGGCCGUACAUAUAUGAAAUGCUUAAAAGCCUUAACAUCACUCACGAAACUGCUCCUCAACUUAUUGGUACAAUCGAGGAGGCUGCAGUGCUCCUGGAUGAGGAGAAACAACGAACAGCGACCAGUGCUGGAAGCAAAUUAGGAAUCAUUGUUGACAUGCUUAAACUGAUAUUUAGGGAAAAUGGAAGUAACCAUGCAGAUGCUUAUCGUGUUCAUGUACAGGAGCUUGAGCAGAAUUCUACUGAUGUCAUCAAAGGCAAGGCAUCAAGAACGCUUAGCUGGUGGUGUUUCAAUCCUGGGGUUACCAUGCAGGACAUAGCAAAAAAAGGUGUUGGGUCUAUCAUUUUAACAUCGGGAACCUUGUCUCCCAUGGAUUCAUUGGCUCAAGAACUAGAAUUAGAGUUUCCUGUUCGAUUGGAAAAUCCCCAUGUUAUAUCCUCAAAUCAGCUAUGGGCUGGAGUUGUUAGUACUGGUCCAUUAGGGUGUGUUCUUAAUUCUUGCUACAGCAAUCGUGAUGUACCAGAGUACAAACAAGAACUUGGGAAUGUUAUUGUGGACUUUUCACAAGUCGUGCCGGAUGGACUGCUUGUAUUUUUCCCUUCCUAUAACCUUAUGGACCGCUGCAUUGCAUUUUGGAAAGAUGGGAGUCACAGAAUGACAAUAUGGGAAAGAAUCUGCGAACUGAAGAAACCUGUCAUUGAACCUAAAGAUUCGUCCCUCUUUCCUGCAGCAAUGCAGGACUUUUCAGAAAAAGUGCAAGACAGAUCAAUUUCCGGUGCGGUAUUUUUUGCCGUUUGUCGUGGAAAAGUCAGUGAAGGACUGGAUUUCGCUGACAGCGCUGGCAGAGCUGUUGUCAUUACUGGGUUACCUUAUGCCAGGGUGACUGAUCCAAAGGUUAAACUGAAACGAGAGUUUCUGGGUGAACAAUCAGGACUUGCAAAUGUCAAGUUUCGAAGAUCAACUAGUCUAUCUGGAAGCAUGUGGUACAGUCAAGAAGCUGCACGGGCUGUGAAUCAGGCAAUUGGACGUGUAAUCCGCCAUCGCCAUGACUAUGGAGCUAUCAUUUUCUGUGAUGAGAGAUUUGAACAACGGUCCCAGCAGUCCAAGAUAUCCGUUUGGAUACGGCCGCAUGUCAAGUGCUACUCCUCUAGAUAUGGAGAGGUCAUUUCUGACCUUGCUCGGUUUUUCCAGACUGAAAGAUCAAAUAUUCCUGCAAGGAUUGUGACAGAACAAGAACACAAUAUAGGUAAUAGCUAUGUGAAGGACGUUGGGCUUGUACGAAAUGAUGGAAAUUUUGUUAAAUGGAAAGGCCUGACCAUCCUAAAACGUAAGGGCAAGAUGCCUCGCAUUGUAAAGGGUGACGUUAUGCAGGCUUGUUCUGCAAGGAAGAUUAGAUUAGUGGAUCUAAGUGACGAGGAGACUCAGGUAGAGAAGAGAUGUGAAGUAGUUGAUCUAGAUUGCGACAACUGUGAGAAGGAGAUUUGUGAAACAGAAACGUUUACGUCGAGCGACACGAUGGGGCUAAUAAAAAAGCGAAAGGUUCCAGAGAGUCAGGGAAGUGCGUCACUGUCGAAAGAAGAAGGGGGUGAUAACAAGCAAGCAAGUGCAUCUGCAUUUUUUAGUCAAGUCAAAGAAAAGCUCAACGGAGAAGAAUGUAACAAGUUUGUUGGAUACAUGCAUGGAUUGAAGAAGAAAGAGCUUAAAUUUGCAAACGUGAUGCAGUCCAUUGUACAACUGUUGUCUGGGACAGAGAGAGAUCAUCUUCUCAUGGGAUUCAAGGACUUUGUGCCGGUAAAACAUCGUCCUGCGUAUGAGCAGUGCAUCAAAAUGAGAAAGAGAGAAGCGUUUUGAUCAUUCAGUCUUUGCUAAAAUUGUAAACUCUGAGAAGAACAAAAGUAAUUAUUAUUUUGUUUUGUUCAGUUGAUGGAACGUUUUGAAUUA